GGAAGAAUUGGAAACAAAGGAAAUUACAAGCAAGGACUCUUCGUCUUUGAAAGCCUUUCACAUCUUCAAGUCUCUCUCUCUUUCUCAGAGAUCAGGAGCCACAGUUAGGUAAAUGGGUUUGUGGACGCUACUUGAAGGCUUCUUGCUUCUUGCAAAUGCUCUAGCAAUAUUAAAUGAGGACCGCUUCCUUGCGCCUAGGGGUUGGAGCUUCUCAGAAUUCUCUGUGGGCAGGACAAAGUCAUUGAAGGGACAAAUUAUAGGCCUCAUUUAUGCAACACAGUAUCUGAGAGUUCCUCUGGUGCUACUCAAUUCUAUCUUCAUUGUUGUAAAAUUGAUAUCUGGAUGAUGCCAAAGAGGUUUUGUGCAGAUUCAUCGAAUUACGAUCGGGAGUCUGCCAAUUGCCACUUGCAUCUUCUGUUUCCGGGAGAGCUGCAGCGUUAAGCUGUUAGAUAGUGUUUGCGUUCUUGAAGUAGAUCUUUCACCUCGGUGUUCGGAACCUGUUUGACUUUAGAUAGUAAUUGUUUGGAAAUAUCUGUCUCAAAUCAUGAUAAAGUUGUCUUCUUGAUUGGUUUUAUAUGACUAUGCAAUCCUUAUUCUUGUGAAUGAAGAACUAUGUUCAUUGGCAGGCUCCGGCCUCUGAAAAUCAGCACCAAUAAGAACUUGUGAUCUCUGAUAACAUUAGUAAGAACUAAGUACUGUUUACCCAAAACAAUUCAGCAGUCAAUUGUUAUUCAAAAGGAAUAAUUAUUAUAU